CUUCAAGUUCAACGGCGCAUAUUUUGGUUUCACUGCACGUCUGCCAAGGAAGAAGACUGAUGGCACCAGUGAUCACAUGAUGUCGCGUCCCUCCCCGACCCCCAUCUACACUCUUAGGGGGGCUGCGGCACCCCUCAAUACCCUGCACUUCAGUUGCCAGCAGGGGACUCAGCCACUCCUGUACUCUGGGUCAGGCAAGGGGUCGAUCCACGUGUGGAACCUGGACUCCCGGCGGGCGGAGACGGUUCUGGAUGGCCACUCCGGGAGCUCCGUCAUCUGGGUCAGCACACUGCAGUCCACAGGGGCUCUGCUCAGUCAGGGGCGGGACAUGCGUGUGUGUCUGUGGGACCUGAGCGAGGGCCGUGCGGAGGUCUCCGAGUCGCUGUGGACGGGCAGCGUGGGCUUCUGCCAGUGCUCCACGCUGGAGACGGGCCAGGGAGCCUGGCUGCUGGCCUGCCCCGGGGAGCAGACUGAGGAGAUCAAGAUAUUUGCAUUGCCCGGGAAGACUCUGGUGUGCUCGCUGCUUCCCAGGGCCAAGCUGGGGAUGGUCAUGUGUCUCCAACUGUGGCAGCCAGACGCGGGCCCCGGGCCGCUCCUGUUGGCGGGCUAUGAGGACGGGUCUUUGCUGCUGUGGGACGUGGCCCAGAGGUCCGUCCUCAGCCAGGCCUCCGCGACUCUCCCCGAGCCCCUCAUGUGCCUCGCCUUCGACCCGCAGCGACUGAAGGGUGUGGCCGGUUCCUCGGACAAGACCCUCCAGCCCUGGGUUCUGGACCAGAACAAGAACCUGCAGCUCACGGACCCCGUGACUCUGGUCAACCCUGGGGUCUCCCAGCUGUGUAUCCGUGGAGACGGUAAACUCCUAGCGUCGGCUGGCUGGGACCACCGCGUGCGCGUGUUCGGCUGGAAGAGGCUGCGGCCGCUUGCAGUGCUGCAGCACCACGCCGACAUGGUGCUCGGUGUGGCCUUCUCGGACCACCAGGACCCCCGGCAGAGGCUCUUGGCAGCGGGCUCCAAGGACCAGCGCAUCAGCCUCUGGUCCAUAUACAAUGAAGGGGCGGACACUGGUUGAGGACUCGGUACCCUGGGGGUGAACUUUAAGGGCUGACUUUUUUUCGGGGGGUCCUUAAUUACUUCAACACCAAUGCUUUACUUGAUUGGACACUGGAGUGUGGCGUUUCAUCACCUGUCAUUAAGCGUGAAUAGCACUUGAUUGUUUGAUUGAUCAAUGGUGUUUUGAUGAUGUGUUUUUUAUUUUUAUUUUUUUUACAUCAAGUACCCUUCAUCAAAAUUGGUUUAUGUUUUGUAAGUGUUGCAUUAUACAUUAUAGUGGGCAAAGGAAUGCAUUAAUUAACACAUAUGUGAAUAAGCUGGACUUUUCAAUCCUUGAAAUUAAUCAUUGUGUAUCCAUAAGACACUGGCUGGACUUUGCCUGAAAAUCAAUAAAACAAGUUUUAGCACAAAACUAGUUUUGGCAUUUGAUUCACACAAGGCCAAACACCAUGCUAUUUUUCUCGAGCCAGUAGUCAGCAUUAUAAUAAGCCUGUCCAAUUGUGUAGCACAGCCUGGCGUUGAAUGCACCUAAGCCAUUGUUUGGGCUUAUCUGGUGGGAGAUUUGCUCCAGUGCACUUGAAUUUGAGGCAUAAGUUGGAGCUGAGCGGCUGUGUCAUCCAGCGUUGUUGUUCUUACGGCGCUAUAGGUCGGCUGCGGCCCUCCUGCCUGACCCCGGCAGUAUUUGUCAAACAAGGUUAAUCACAGCCCCGACAUGGGGAACACAGGCCUGUUGGUUUAGUAGACUCACAUUCAGACCACCACCGUCUGCAUUGUUUGUUGGAGCACUUUAUUGUCCGCACUUCAGGUCAAAUGUGUGUGUAUGUGAGGUCUGUUACAUUUUGCUCCAAAACCUAUUUUAGGGAGUUAAUCAGCGAUUAUUUUGAGUUUGGUCGUUAUUUAUUUUUCGUUUAACCAGAUAAAACCAAACAAGUAGAAGGUAUUCUAUCGCCAUCUUUGUUGUCACCGACUGAAUCAAUAACUGUUGCAUCAUGGAAGCUCAUAUGCAAUUGUUCCAUAGUGCUUCUGCAGUUGUGGGGGGUCUGGAAAAGCACGCAGGCGUUUAACUUCAGUGUAUAGCUAUGAGAGAAGAACGACAUGCUGUACAGGAAAGUUGCCUCAGGGAAGUCAUAAUGCUUAGUGUGGUGGAAAGUUUAAGCUGUUCAUUAUACGUCCAUUUGUUUUGCAAUAUUGUCAUUCAAGGAUGGGGGAUAACCCCUAUUAGAGGGUAUUUCUUUCUUGAUUUUAAAGGUUAUAAGGCUGUUAGGAUACAGAGGAACUUAUGCUGGGUUUGAGCCUGUGUAACCAAUUGGCUGUUUAUUAGAAACAUUCUGAGACCUCAGAUUCAAUGUGAAUUUUAAAUUAUACAUAAGUACAUAAACAUAAGUACAUCUAACUGAAUUAAAUUGUAAUUAUUUGAUCCAAAAUUAAUUUGCAUGGCAAAAAAAUGAAUGUUUUGCCAUGUAAAUUCAGGGAAAUUUAAUCUUUUUAAUUUACCAUGACUUUUGUAUCGAACUUUAAAUAAUAUACAUGUAUCAUGCAUAAAGAUUCAACCUCGUGUGGAAAUUAUGAAUGCAAGUUCCCUGGUCAAUUAGCCAAUUAACAUUACACUAUUAAUGCAUAUGAAUAGGCCUAUAUCAAAAUGAUCAUGGCAUGAACAACAGGUCAUGAAAUGAAAGAGAUAUACGGGCCGGCUAGCAUUUUUACAUGCAUUUAUAUCAGUUAGGGUGUGAUUUUAUUGAUACAACUAGGCUGUUUAAAUCAUUAUCGAUCGGAAUUGACUGAUUGGUAUAUCCAGGCAACUUCAAGCUACGAGCUAUCUGAAAUGUUACGUAGGGCCUACUGCUACUUUAACCGAUCAAUUAUCCGUCAUGUUUAAUUGCAGUUGUUCUACAAAUUGCAGUUAAUUCAUUAUUUUCUUCAUUGGCUUCUAAUAUAAAACACAACCUGGCCUUUAAGUUGCAGGCUGAAAAUCAAGAGUGGAAUUCGUACGUUAACCUAACACAAAAGGCCUCUACUUUUAGGACGGUCGAUGUUAUUGUAGUUCUUGGUGAACCUAUACCUACCGCUGACUUCACUCAUCCUAAUGGUUUCCUAACGGUCUGGACGGGACGGGACGCGGCGUGCGCUCGCUUCCGUCCCGUCCCUGAUAAAUCAAACUCCAGCCCCCGUCGCUGCGGACGUCUGCUGAUAAGAAGGACAACAACCUGC